UGUGAGCAAGGGAAAAAGAAAAAGGACAGCCACAAAACCAUAUCAGGCAGAGAGGCGCCUAAAUAUUCCCUUCAGACAUCCACAAAGCACACAGACAGCUGCAAUGAGUCACAGCCCGGAGAGGAUUUCAUCCUAUCGCCGUCACUUUGAAGACAGCAGCAGCUCAGCCUACCAGGUCAGGGUGUGCAGCCCUUCCCCAACCAGGAGACAGUCCCGUCAUGCCUCCUCCGUGUACUCUGCGAGGCCUGGGGCAGUGCGUGUGGAGUCAGUGGGACGGCGUACAGUCUCUGCUGCCCGCAGGUCACGUGUGUCUGCUGUUGGAGUGGGCGCUGGGGCCAUGCUGUGCGUGGGGCCCAGUGGAGAGCGGCCCAUAGAUCUGGAUGUAGCUGCAGCAGAGAACCAGGAGUUCCUCAGCACUCGUUCAAAUGAAAGGCAGGAAAUGGUCGUCCUCAAUGACAGAUUGGCCGUUUACAUUGACAAGGUUCGAUCACUUGAGCAGCAAAACAAGUUACUGGAAGCAGAGAUUGAAGCCUACCAGAGCCGCUUUGCAAAGCCAAGCGGUCUGCGCCUGCUGUACGAACAACAGCUGAAGGAGCUGAAAAAAAUUGCCGACCAGAUGAGAGUGCAGCGGGACGUUUCCUUUGCUGCUAAGGAGUCCACAACUGCUCACCUAGAGGCAGUCAAAAGCAAAUAUGAGGAGGCGGUCGAGAUGAGGAAGAAGGCGGAGCUUGAUAUUGAGGCUUUCCGUCCAGAUGUUGAUAAAGCCACAUCCUCACGCAUCACCUUGGAGAAGAAGCUGGAGCAGCUGGAGGUGGAGAUGGAGUUCUUGAAGCGGAUCCAUCAGCAGGAAAUUGAGGAGCUCAUGAAACAGAUUUACUCAGCUCACGUUUCAGCUCAGAGUCUGUUUGAUCUUCCUGAUCUGGCUGCUGCGUUGAAGCAAAUCCAAACUCAGUAUGAUGACAUUGCUGCUAAAAAUCUCCAGGAGAUGGAUUCAUGGUACAAAAACAAGUUUGAAGAUUUAACCCAAAAGACUUCAAAGCACGUUGACAGGGUUCGAAGCAUUCGAGAAGAAAUAGCUGGUGCUAAAAAAGAUAUCCAAAAUAAAGAACGUGACUUGGAUUCCAUGAGGACUAAAAAUGAAGCUCUUGAAGCCCAGAUUCGAGAGAGGCAAGAAAAGUACAAGAAGGAACUGGAAGACUUGCAGGCUCGAAUUGAAGCCCUUCAGCUUGAGCUAAAAUCCACCAAGGAGAAAAUUGCACUGCACCUGCGUGAGUACCAGGAACUACUGAAUGUCAAGAUGGCUCUGGAGAUCGAAAUCACAACUUACAGGAAACUGGUCGAGGGUGAAGACCUGCGGCUCUCCAGCAUGAUACAAACCUUGUCUCUUACCAGCUGUAGCAUGAGUGCUGUUGGUGCUGGUGUGAGCCUCAGUGGAGGAAGCAUGGACGGUGUAGGUGGAACGGGUGGGGGUCCGAUGGGAGGUAGUAGAGAUGGCAUUGGAGGCGUAAGGGGGGACCUAGGCAUGAGUAGAGGCAAAGCUACGAGAGGAUUGGCAGCUGCAACUGACAUUGAUGGCCUUAAUGAUAGAACAGAUUCUCAAGGUUACAAUGGCCGGAGGGAUAUUUUGACUAAAGCAGGUGGGGAGAUGAGGAUUGGUAGUCAUGAAUUUGCCACCGAAGAUGUCAGAGCAACAACUGGGAGUAUGGAUACUGGUGGUAGUGUUGGGGCUGGAGGUCUUGUUGCUCAGGCUGGAGGUCUUGUUGCUCAGGCUGGAGGUCUUGGUGCUCAGGAUGGAGGUCUGAGUGUUGGGGCUGGGGGUCUGAGUGUUGGGGCUGGAGGUCUUGGUGCUCAGGCUGGAGGUUUAGGUGCUCAGGCUGGAGGUCUUGGUGCUCAGGAUGGAGGUCUGAGUGUUGGGGCUGGGGGUCUGAGUGUUGGGGCUGGAGGUCUUGGUGCUCAGGCUGGAGGUUUAGGUGCUCAGGCUGGAGGUCUUGGUGCUCAGGAUGGAGGUCUGAGUGUUGGGGCUGGGGGUCUGAGUGUUGGGGCUGGAGGUCUUGGUGCUCAGGCUGGAGGUUUAGGUGCUCAGGCUGGAGGUCUUGGUGCUCAGGAUGGAGGUCUGAGUGUUGGGGCUGGAGGUCUUGGUGCUCAGGCUGGAGGUUUGGGUGCUCAGGCUGGAGGUCUGAGUCUUGGGGUUGGAGGUCUGAGUGUUGGGGCUGGAGGUCUUGGUGCUCAGGCUGGAGGUUUGGGUGCUCAGGCUGGAGGUCUUGGUGCUCAGGAUGGAGGUCUGAGUGUUGGGGUUGGAGGUUUGGGCGUUGGGGCUGGAAGUCUUGGUGCUCAGGCUGGAGGUUUGGGUGCUCAGGCUGGAGGUCUUGGUGCUCAAGCUGGGGGUCUUGGUGCUCAGGCUGGAGGUUUGGGUGCUCAGGCUGGAGGUCUGAGUGUUGGGGUUGGAGGUUUGGGCGUUGGGGCUGGAGGUUUGGGUGCUCAGGCUGGAGGUCUUGGUGCUCAUGCUGGAGGUUUGGGCGUUAGGGCUGACCUGGAUCCUGCUACCAUUCAUUUGGGAAAGUCUGGAUUCAACACUGAAGGUGGCAUCACUGGAGUUGCAGUAGGUGGUGAUACUGCCGGCUUAGCUGGUGGCAUGAUAAGCCUGACAGGGACAGGUCAUGGCCCUGAAAAAGGACAUGGUGUUACAGGUGUUGGGAAAAACCUUGGAGAUGGAACUACUUUACCAGAUUCGAAAGAAAUGGGAAAAAUUGGUGGAGGCAAAGGUGGCUUGAGUGGUGCCAGAAUUGGAUUUGGAUCGGAUGGAUGUGAUGGCAACAUUGAAACCUAUGCAGAGCAGGCUGUGGAGCUGACGGAGAGAAGGACAGUGCUUAUUAGGUAAAGGUACCGCCAGAACAAUUAAGAAGGAGGAUGAUGUGCUGGAGAUGGACCACCAAGAACAGACCUACACCAUCACUGGUGCUGCAGGUGACUCUGAUGCGGAGUGAAUUCUCUGUUGACCUCGUAUCACCCUCAAAUCUCCACGCCCUUCUUAGCGUUGGACUGACCAAACCCAUGUCUGGACUGUGACCUUUGGCCUUUGACUCCUGACAUACACCCCAAGUGACCCUUUGCUUCAGGCUUAAACCCUCAAAUCAGGAUUUAAAGACAACUCACUUGCAACACUAUGCUCUCUAAACCUUUGUGUGUCCUGCACUCCCACUUAUUUCAGUUUCAAAUAAAGCCAUCAGCAUUUGA